AUGGACUCCUGCGAUGAAUUCACGUGUCCCAUUUGCCUGGAUUCCUUCAAAGAUCCUGUGACCAUAGACUGCGGCCACAAUUUCUGCCACGCCUGCCUCACUCAGUACUGUAGGGCAUGUGGCAAAGACAUCCCUUGCCCCCAGUGCCGAGAAAUAGUUCAGCAGAGGAACUUCAGGCCCAACCGGCAGCUGGCUAACGUCAUAGAAACGGUCAAGAGGCUGCAGAAGAAUAAGCAGGGGGUCUGUGCGAAGCACCAGGUGCCCCUGAACCUCUUCUGCAAGGAAGACGCCGCCCUCGUCUGCUUGGUGUGUGACAGGACCAGGCAGCACAAGCAUCACGUUGUGGUGCCGGCGGAAGACGUUGCCACAGAGUAUAAGGAAAAAAUCAAGGCCUGUCUGAAAUCCCUGGAGAAAAGUAGUGAAGCUUUUAUAUCUCGCAGAAUGACUGAGGACCUCAGAAGCUCACAAUAUCUGAAACAGCUAGAAGUGGAGAAGCAGAAGAUCAGCUGUGCUUUUGAGCCAAUUCAGAAUUUGCUAGAAGAAAGAAAAAGCCUCUUGCUUGACCAUGUGGUAAAUCUGGAGAAGGAGAUAAAGGAAACCCGGGAAACAGAUCUCGCCAGGCUCUCUGGCAAGAUUACUCAUCUCGGUAACCUGAUCACAGAGAUGGAAAGGAAGCUUCAGCAACCAGCCAAUGAAUUCCUGCAGGACAUCAAAGGCACUUUGCUCAGGUCUGAGGAGAAGCAAGAAGUAUGCCACACAUCGGACCUUACCCCGUUUUGGGAAGACAGACUCAUUCUUUAUUCCCAGAAAACCUCUGCUCUGGAAAGAGCUUUGAAGAAGUGUCAAGAUUCCAUAGAGUACGCUCUGGACAAAGCCCAAGCACACCGAGAUCAGGCAGAAAGCUGCCGCCAAUCAUGUCACUGCCAGUGCCAGCAGUAG